UAAAGGAGAGUCGGGCAAAUGAAGCCACCUGGCUGCUGCGCCUGUGCAAAAAUAAAUAAAUAAAUAAAUAAGACUAAGAGAGGAGGGGAAACUCCCUCUCCAGUCCUCUUUGCUCUGACGAUUAAGCCGUUCCCGGAGAUGCCGGAAGUGGGUUGUUUUGUUGCCUCGGUAUCUUCUUGUACUCUCGCGAGAUCAGUUUCUAUUUCCGACUAGCUGAUUCAAAACACUGUGGUUCUGGAACUGGAAUACGGUGGUCUGGGGCAGGUCUGUGGAGUUGCAUUGCUCCCGUUUCCCGGCUCCUUUCCCCUCCCCCCGGGUGCCUUCCUUCUGUCGGGGCCGCGAUGGAAGAGGACUUUGUGCUGGCCCUGAAGCUGCAGGAGGAGUGGAACACGGAUGUCCAGGCGUUCGUCCCGUCCCCGAAGGAGUCCAGAUCGCUGGUGGACGAGGCCUGGGAGCUCGUGGACCCCAACCCCGAUCCCCGAGCGCUGUUCGUUCACUUCAACCAGCUGUAUUUCUGGGGGCGGCUGGAGGCGGUGGAGGUGAAAUGGAGCUUCCGAAUGACGCUAUGUGCUGGAGUAUGCAAGUAUGAGGGAAAAGGUGGAAUGUGUUCCAUCUGCCUCAGUGAACCGCUUUUAAAAUUGAGACCAAGAAAAGAUCUUAUAGAGAUUGCAACCUUCUGCUUGUUGAUGAGGCUGAGGAUCCCUAAAGGCCACAGAGCAGAAAUAGAUCGGGAAAGUCACGGCCCAGAGUUUUGUAAACAUAUGCAUCGCAUCAAUCGCCUGACUGGAGCCAAUGUCACAAUAUACCACAGUUUCCACAAUGAGGUGGAUGUAUAUCGUCAACAUUGGUGGCGUUGCAAUGGUCCCUGCCAGCACAGAAAACCCUACUAUGGUUAUGUGAAGCGGGCAAUGAACAGAGCCCCCUCAGCUAAUGACUUUUGGUGGGCUGAACACCAGAGAACUUGCGGAGGCACAUAUAUAAAGGUCAAAGAACCAGAGGGCUAUUCAAAAACAGGCAAGAAGACGGCAGAUCUAGAAAAGCGGCCAACCUCAGGGACAGAAGGUAAAGAUAAAGGUAAACGAAAGGAAGGGGAGAACCAGCUGUUGAGUCCUUUCAGUGGAAAAGGAUAUGUCCUGGGAGGAACAAGCAAUGCACCCUCACUUGGGAAACUCCUCAACCCACAUGCCAUUAAUAAAACCCAAGAACUGCUUAAUCAAAACGGUCCAGUGGUUGCCACAAGACCUAAUCGUAAAACUGAGCUGAAAUUAAAUUCAUCUCAGGUAAUUAAUAGCUCUGAAGAUAAAUUACCAAAUAAGAGACCCAAAGUCGAAAACAAAACUGCUUUUGCCAAUUUUUUUAUCAAGAAAGAGCAACCGAAUAGCAUAUGUACAAGUGGUAAUGGCCCAAAUUGCAGUUCAUUCCCUGUCACCUCACCUCAGAAUUCCAGCAAAUUAAUUAGUCACAAAAAAGCAGUGAGCUGUCCUGUUUGCCAGACUCAAGUUUUAGAGACCCAAAUUAAUGAACACUUGGAUUCUUGCCUUACAUGAGAAACCAUUGCCAAAGCCAAGAGCUGCAAAUGUCUUUGGGAAACUAAUUUGUCUUAAUUAUGUAGCAAAAAUUAGUUCAUAAGUGUAUCAUGCCAACUAAUUAGAAAGUUAAAGUGUUAUAAUAAUGAGAUAUAUGUGUAUGGAUUAUAAAAUUGAAGUGGCUCUUUCUGUGAGCUCCAAAGUUAAUUCUGUAUUUUUCUAUUACACAAAAUUUGUAUAAAUACUGGUUGUAUAUAGAUGUCCCAGAAGUCUUUAUAUAAUUUUUAAACACCCUAUAUAGUGGUGCCAAAUUUAUGUUUCACAUGGCACAGUUCACAAUUUGUUGAAUGAGUUUUAUUAUUUAUUUUGAAAUUUUAACACUUAGGAAUAAAAAGGAUUUUAAAAUAUUGUAUAUAAGAUAAUGACUUUUUUCAGACAUUUAAAUCUAUUAUAUAUAUGUCUUCAUUAAAACUAUGCCAUUUCAUAGUUGAAAUAUAUAUACGUAAAUUCAUAUAUAUGUGUGUGUACAUAACACACACAUGCACAUAUAUAUUACACACACACACACACACACACACACACACACACACACACACACACACACACACGUUAAGUUCUUUCAGUUGAAAAGGAUAUCUCCUGGGAGGAACAAGCUAUGCAUCCUCACUUGGGAAACUCAUCAACCCAUUAAUGCCAUUAAUAAAAUCCAAGAACUGCUUAAUCAAAACGGUCCACUGGAUGCCACAAGACCCAGUCAUAAAACUGACUUGAAAUGAAAUUCAUCUUGGAAAUAACAGCUCUGAAGGUAAAUUACCAAAUACGAGUCCCCAAACCAAGCCAUAAUGUUGAGAUGCUACCCAAGGAGUUGAGAAUGGUUUUUAGAGUUGCAAACAUAGGGAACAAAGUUUGAAGCACUUUUUUGAAUAUAUCUAACUGUAACCUUCCAGUAUAAAAAAUUUAUCUUAAUAGGUUUUUUAAAAAGUAUUCUAGUUCUUUACUACUGAUAUUUUGUGAAGAUAGAACAAGAUUAGUAGAUUUCAGGCUUAAGAGAAAUUCAAAGACAGUAAACUGACUUAAUUACAAUUGCCAUAUUGCUGACUAAUAUAAAGAGCCAUAAUAAAUUUGUAUGCUAAUUACCAAAUUUAGUUAAACUUUCUCUUUGGAAUUUUAGUAUGUUGGAGUUACAUAUGCAUAACAAAGGGCUAAUUUAUAUGCACCCACAGUAGAAAAUCAUAGACAUAAUGGUUAUAACCUUUAAAGCAGAAUUUUUUGAAGCCUAAUGUACAGUUUUAUCAAUUUUCUUUGCUUUAAGAAAAUUUCCCAAAUUGUAAUGAUGAGACAGUGAUAAUUUUCUAAUUCACUUUACCUUUUAUUUGAAAAUAAGACUGGGUGUGAGUUAAUUUACUUGAAAAACUGCCAUAUUUCUUUUCUAUGGAGAAGUGUUGCUGUUUUGACAUGAAUCCAUUAGUAUGUUAACCUCCACAAAAGUCCUGCUUCAAAGCCUCAUUGUGAUGUGGAGAUGACCCUCAGGUUCUUGACGGUUGUGCAAGCACAGAACAACUAACAGGUUCUAAUCUAUUAAAAAAGAGAGGCAUGGAGGGGACAGCUAGGUGGCGCAGUGGAUAAAGCACUAGCCUUAGAUUCAGGAGGACCUGAGUUCAAAUCCAGCCUCAGACACUUGACACUUAACUAGCUGUGUGACCUUGGGCAAGUCACUUAACCCUCAUUGCCCUGCAAAAACAAAAAAAGAGAGGCAUGGAGGUAGUAUGCCAGAUAGAUCGCUGCACCUAGAGUCAGGAAGACCUGAAUUCAAAUCUGACCUCAGAAUACUAACUAGCUCUGUGAUUCUGAGCAAGUCACUUAACCUCUCUGUGCCUCAGUUUUCUUACUUGUAAAAUGAGAAUAAUAUUAGCACCCACCUCCCAUGGUUAUGAGGAUGAGAAUAUUGUAAAAUGCUAACUAAUGUAAAUGUCACUUUUCAAUUGCAUCUACAGAUCUUCCAUCUCAUUUUCGCUGUCUCAAUCUCUUUCACUGUUUCAGUCUCUCAAGUCUUCAAUCUCAGUCACUCAUCUUCAGUCUUGUUCUCAUCUAGGAUCAAAUAUACUCUCUUCUGUUUGGCAUUUAAAGCCCUUCACAACUGGGGCCCAAGCUCCCUUUCCAGUAUUAGACAUUACUCUCUUCCUGUGCUCUGUGACUCAGCCAAACUACCUCAUUUAUUUCUCACACGAUACACUCCUGCCCCAGAUACCUGGCAGGCAAGGCAGCUAAUAGAGGUCCAGCAAUGGAAGCAGGAAGACUUAGGCUUAAGUCCUAUAUCUAAUACAAACUGGCUCUGUGACCCACAGCAGUACUUUGAGUUGCCAAGAAAUUGCUGACCUGCAUUGUUGGAGGGGGUCUCCUCACCUCUAUGUUCUCUUGCUGGAUCAUUAUUUCCUGCCCCCUAAAUGUGAGUAUCCCUCCAGGUGUUCCCGAAUCUUUUCCCUUCUUCCUUGAUGAGUUUAUCUGCUGCCAUGGAUUAAUUUCUUAUCUCCACACCUAUGACCAUCUUCUGUAAUCUCUACUGAGUAGUUGGGUGGUACAGUGGAUAGAGUGCUGGGCCUAGACUCAGGAAGAUGAGUUCAAAUGUGUCCUUAGACACUGGUAAAAUUUAUUUGUGACAAAAUUAUUAUUGCAGUUUUUAGCUGACUCAUUUGGGAGGGGCCACACCUGGCCCACCCUGAAGUUAUGUAUACUACUGAGAUCAGAAGGAGAGCUCUCCAUAGGCAGUUUUUUGAAGGACCUUCCCUUUUGGAUGAGGAAAGAUUGAACCCUCCCUGAAGGGAAGGGGAGGGUUCUUCCAGAACGCUAGGCUCUUCUGGAACUCGCUCUCUCUCUGGUGUCUGCUGUCCCAGUGGCGCAAGCAACAGUAGACUGUCCAGGUUUUGGUGAGCUAAUUACUGAAAACCCUAAAUUCCUUUGAACUAUCUUAAUUGGAAACGAUCUAGGGAUUGCAUAGGUUAAGUUCAGAGUU